GCCGGCCCGGCGUCCCUGUGCAGCCUCCGCCACCCAUGGGGGAGGUGGAGCCGGGGCCCGCGGGCCCGCUCGAGCCCCCGGAGCCGCCCGAAGCGCUCGCGAGCCGCCGGCCAGGCGGGAUCCGGGUCCUGAAGAGAAAUAUGAAACGCAAUGGGAGCAGGAAUUGUUUGAAUAGGCGGAGUAGGUUUGGUUCUCGAGAAAGAGACUGGCUGAGAGAAGAUGUCAGGAGAGGUUGUGUGUACCUGUACGGAGCGGACUCGACCACUGCCACCGCCAGCGCUUCUGCCUCCGCCUCCUCCGACUUGCAUCUGGUUCUGUGCACUGUGGAGACGCCAGCAUCAGAGAUCUGUGCUGGAGAGGGAAGGGAAAGUCUUUAUUUACAGCUUCAUGGGGACCUGGUCAGGAGACUGGAACCUACUGAACGACCUCUUCAGAUUGUGUAUGAUUACUUAUCCAGGCUGGGAUUUGAUGACCCUGUGCGUAUACAGGAGGAGGCAACAGAUCCUGACCUUGGCUGUAUGCUUCGAUUUUAUGGUGAAAAACCAUGCCAGAUGGAUCAUCUGGAUCGAAUCCUUCUGUCUGGCAUAUAUAAUGUACGCAAGGGAAAGACCCAGCUGCAUAAGUGGGCUGAACGCCUAGUUGUUCUCUGUGGGACAUGCCUCAUCGUUUCCUCGGUGAAGGAUUGUCAGACUGGGAAGAUGCACAUUUUGCCUCUGGUUGGGGGAAAGGUGGAAGAAGUGAAGCGUCGGCAGCAUUCCCUGGCGUUCAGCUCAGCCGGAGCCCAAGCUCAGACCUAUCAUGUCAGCUUUGAGACGCUGGCCGAGUGCCAGAGAUGGCAGCGACAGGCAUCCAAGGUGGUGUCCCAGCGAAUCAGCACUGUUGACCUGUCAUGUUACAGCCUUGAGGAGGUUCCUGAGCAUCUCUUCUACAGUCAAGAUAUCACCUACCUCAAUUUGCGGCAUAAUUUUAUGCAGUUGGAAAGACCUGGGGGCCUUGACACUCUCUACAGAUUUUCUCAGCUGAAGGGCCUAAACUUGUCCCAUAAUAAACUUGGUUUGUUUCCUGUAUUGUUAUGUGAGAUUUCUACCCUCACUGAGCUCAACCUCUCCUGUAACGGAAUUCAUGACCUGCCGAGUCAGAUUGGCAGUCUGCUGAAUCUUCAAACCCUCUGUCUCGAUGGCAACUUUCUGACGACUUUACCGGAAGAAUUGGGAAAUCUGCAACAGCUUUCUUCCCUGGGAAUUUCCUUUAACAACUUUAGUCAAAUUCCAGAGGUUUAUGAGAAACUCAGUAUGUUAGAUAAAGUGGUUAUGGCGGGAAAUCGCCUGGAAGUCCUAAAGCUUGGGGUGCUGAGCAGGAUGAGCCAUAUCAGACAUGUGGAUUUAAGGAUGAACCAUUUGAAAACUGUGGUUACUGAAAAUCUGGAGGCAAAUAAGUACAUCACUCAUAUGGAUCUGCGGGACAAUCAACUGUCUGACUUAGAUCUUAGCUCCUUGUGUAGCUUGGAGCAGCUGCACUGUGAAAGGAACCAGCUGCGAGAGCUGACGCUCAGUGGCUUCUCCCUCCGAACUCUCUACGCCAGUUCCAACAGGCUGACAGCAGUGAAUGUCUAUCCAGUACCCAGUCAACUCACUUCUCUAGAACUUUCCCGAAACCUGCUAGAGUGUGUCCCUGACUGGGCCUGUGAAGCAAAGAAGAUGGAAAUAUUAGAUGUGAGCUAUAAUCUUCUGACAGAGGUUCCCAUGAGAAUCCUUAGUAGCUUGAGUCUCAGAAAGCUAAUGGUGGGGCACAACCAGGUGCAAAGCCUCCCGGUGCUGGCGGAGCACAUCCCUCUGGAGGCGCUGGAUAUUCAGCAUAACCUGCUCACCAGGCUGCCAGACACGCUCUUCUCCAAGGCCUUAAAUCUCAGAUACUUGAAUGCAUCUGCAAACAGUCUGGAUUCUUUGCCAUCUGCUGGCGCUGGAGAGGAGAGUCUGAGUGCUCUGCAGCUGCUCUAUCUGACCAACAACCUCCUGACAGACCAGUGUGUGCCUGUUCUGGUGGGCCACCCGCACCUGCGAAUCCUGCAUCUUGCCAACAACCAGCUACAGACCUUUCCUGCAAGCAAACUAAAUAAAUUGGAGCAGUUGGAGGAACUGAACCUAAGUGGCAACAAGCUUAAAACCAUCCCCACGACCAUAGCCAACUGCAAAAGGCUUCACACCCUUGUGGCGCACUCCAACAACAUCAGUAUUUUCCCAGAGAUACUGCAGUUGCCUCAGAUCCAGUUUGUAGACCUAAGUUGCAAUGACUUGACAGAAAUCCUGAUUCCCGAGGCUCUGCCUGCUACUUUACAAGACCUUGACCUGACUGGAAAUACGAAUCUGGUUCUGGAACACAAGACGCUGGACACAUUUAGCCAUAUCACCACCUUGAAAAUUGACCAGAAACCUUUGCCAACCACCGAUGCUACACUUACAUCAACCUUCUGGAGCCAUGGACUGGCUGAGAUGGCAGGGCAGAGAAAUAAGCUGUGUGUCUCUGCCCUGGCUGUGGAUAACUUUGCAGAGGGGGUGGGCGCUGUAUACGGCAUGUUUGACGGGGACCGGAACGAGGAGCUCCCUCGCCUGCUCCAGUGCACCAUGGCGGACGUGCUUUUGGAAGAAGUACAGCAGUCAACAAAUGACACGGUGUUCAUGGCUAACACCUUCUUGGUAUCUCACAGGAAAUUGGGAAUGGCUGGCCAGAAGCUGGGCUCCUCCGCUCUCCUUUGUUACAUCCGCCCUGACACUGCCGACCCAACAAGUAGUUUUAGCCUGACUGUAGCCAACGUUGGCACGUGCCAAGCGGUCCUGUGCCGCAGUGGGAAGCCAGUGCCCCUCUCGAAAGUCUUCAGCCUGGAGCAGGACCCAGAGGAGGCUCAAAGGGUGAAGGACCAGAAAGCCAUCAUAACAGAGGACAACAAAGUGAACGGGGUAACAUGCUGUACCCGGAUGCUGGGCUGUACAUACCUCUACCCUUGGAUCCUCCCUAAACCCCACAUAUCUGCCACUCCACUUACCAUUCAAGAUGAGUUGCUGAUUCUGGGAAACAAAGCAUUGUGGGAACACCUGUCAUAUACAGAAGCUGUCGACGCAGUACGCCACGUGCAGGACCCAUUAGCAGCUGCCAAGAAGCUGUGCACGUUAGCCCAGAGCUAUGGUUGUCAGGACAAUGUGGGGGCGAUGGUGGUUUAUUUGAACAUUGGAGAGGAAGGGUGCACGUGUGAAAUGAAUGGGCUCACUCUCCCAGGUCCUGUGGGAUUUGCUUCAACCACUGUCCUCAAGGACCCCCCCAAGCCAACCACUCCUUCCUCCAGCAGUGGCAUUGCCUCCGAGUUUGGCAGCGAGAUGUCCACCUCAGAGGUGAGCAGUGAGGUGGGGUCCACCGCUUCCGACGAACACAACACUGUCGGGCUGGAUGCUGGCUUGCUUCCAAGGCCGGAGAGGCGCUGCAGCCUCCACCCAACACCCACCUCCGCGCUCUUUCAGCGCCAGCCUUCUUGUGCGACUUUCUCAAGUAACCAGUCUGACAAUGGCCUGGACAGUGAUGACGACCAGCCUGUCGAAGGUGUCAUAACAAAUGGCAGCAAAGUGGAAGUAGAAGUAGAUAUCCACUGCUGUAGGGGAAGGGAUCUCGAGAACUCUCCCACUCUUAGAGAGAAUUCUCCUACCCCGUGUCCUGAGGAACGUGCUAGAGGAUCGUUUUUUGGGAUCCGAAGACAGAACAGUGUGAAUAGUGGCAUACUUCUGCCAGGGAGCAAGGACAGGAUGGAGUUACAGAAGUCCCCCUCCACUUCCUGUCUCUACGGAAAGAAGCUCUCGAAUGGCUCGAUCGUGCCCCUAGAAGAUAGCCUGAACCUCAUCGAAGUGGCCACAGAAGCACCCAGGAAGAAGACUGGCUACUUCGCUGCCCCGACUCAGCUGGAGCCGGAGGAUCAGUUUGUUGUACCUCGUGACCUGGAGGAGGAAGUCAAAGAGCAAAUGAAGCAACACCAGGAAAGCAGGCCCGAGCCUGAGCCCCACGACGAGGAUCGGACCGAGCUCCCAGAGGAGUUUGACACGGCCCUGUAACCCUCCCCCGGGAGCCGGAGCGUUGGGCCAGGCUGCGCAGUGUCCGGGUAGGGAUCCUACCAGAGGCCCGGUGCCUUUGCUUUCCUAAACCGUAGCCGAGGGGAAGAACUUGGAGCCAAACGUGGUAAGAGCUAUCAGGGUCUUGCUCCGGGAUAAGCUAAUAAACACCAUCAGUGUUAAGUUUCACAUUUAACCUGCAUUGGAAUUCCCAGAGUUACUGGGAAGAAAGCCGAUGUGGUUCUGUAUCAGUCCUACCACCUGCCAUUAACCCUUUCUCUCCUAGGAUAAUUUGAGAAUUUGCCUGCCUGGGCAGGAAAGGGACUUUCUCUGUGGAGGAAAUAACUGAAGAUUGAUUCUCUUUACUAAUUGCUGCUGAUGGAUCUCUGUGACAGAGAAAUCACCUUCUAUCUCAACUUAACUGAUGGGAUGUGAUGUGACUAGUCACAUGGCUUUUCAUUCUUCUCUACGAGAAUACAGCCUUUCGAAAUGAUGUUUAUUGGAAAUGUAGAACCAAUCAAACCGAUAAUUUAUGUAUGUAAUGUAAUGAGAGCACUUUUCAUUGA